CCCGCCGUGGGGGCUCCGCCCGCGGCGCGGGGCGGGCCGGGAGCUGUAGUUCCGCCGCCGGCCCGGCCAUGCAGGUCCCGGCGGCCGCGGAGCGCAACAAGGGCCCGAUCCUGGCGGUGCUGCGGGAGUGCGCGGGGAGCGGCGCGGGCGCGCUGCGGGUGCUGGAGGUGGGCGCGGGCGCGGGGCUCCACGCCGCGCACUUCGCCCGGGCGCUGCCGCAGGCGCGCUGGCAGCCCUCGGACAUCGACCCCGGGGCGCUGCGCAGCAUCGCUGCCUACGUGGAGGCCGCAGGGCUGCCCAACCUGCUGCCCCCCAUCCUGCUGGACGUGUCCCAGGGCUGGGAGACCUGGGGGGGCACCCGGCCCGCCUCCCUCGACCUCAUCGUGAGCAUCAACAUGAUGCACAUCGCAGAGCUGCGGUGCACCGAGGGCCUGUUCAAGGGUGCUGGGGUGCUGCUGAAGCCCGGAGGUGUGCUCUUCACCUAUGGGCCCUAUGCCGUGGACGGCCGGAUCAGCCCCCAGAGCAACGUGGACUUCGACCACAGCCUGAGGCAGAGGAAUCCCGCCUGGGGGCUGCGGGACACGGCGCUGCUGCAGGAGCUGGCUGAGGCCAACGGGCUGUGCCUGGAGAGGAUGGUAGGUGAUGGGCGCUGGGGGGCUGCCCGUGCGGUGUGCACCCCCGAGCCCGCUCUGUGCUUCCAGGUGGACAUGCCGGCCAACAACAAGAGCCUGAUCUUCCGCAAGCUGUGACCUGCCCUGGCGGCGCUUCCAGCGCCUCCCAGCGCUGCUGUCCCCACUGAUGCCUCCUGCGGUGUCGCUGUCCCACCAUGGCUGCCACUGGGGCUGGGGACAGCAGUGAUGGGACAGAGCCCCACUCACCCCAGCUGGGGCUGACUUGGCUGGAGGGGGGGUCCAUCUCCCCUAGUGCCCUUGGAGCUCCCUUUGCAGUGGGGUGCCCCAGCCUGGACCACAAGAGCCAGCACAGCUGCUGUGGGGGACACAGGUGUGUGUGGGGUGGGGGGACACAACACCCGUGGGCAUGGGGGAGACUCCUUGCUCCAUUUCCUUGGAGGAUCUUGUGCUGGUGGUGUUCCCCCUGCCCCCCUCCCCAGGAUUGUGUUGCUGCCUCCGCAAUAAACUCUGUGGCUUUGCCCCCCAUGC